GACCUUUACAAUUGAGUAAUCACUGAAACUUCAGGUGGCAAAUUUCUCCAUAUUCAAAACCCAGAAAGCUAUGAUUUCUCGUUUUUUCUCAUCAUCAUCUUCAUCUUCAUCUUCAUCUUCAUGUAUUCAAAAUCUACUAAAAAGAGGGUUCACUCCCACUCUUAAAUCCAUUAAUCAAUACAUUUUAUUUCUUUUAAAAACCCACAAAAAGUACACUUUAGUCCCUCACUUUUUAUCCCAAUUGAACCAAAAUCACUUCCAAUUCAAUCACCAAACUCACUCUCUUUUCACUAAAUUUGAAGAAGCUGAGCUUUUUAUCAAUACCCACAUGAAAAAGCCUUCAAAUUUUUCAAAAAGCAGUCAGCUUUGUGAUUCUUUGAUACAUAGUUUUAUUUUGCGGGGUGGAGCAAUUCAAGUGUUUGAGUUGAUGAAUGAUGAGAAAGUUAAGUACCCUUUAUGUAAUUUUGUUUGUAGUUUAAUCAUUUCUAGGCUUUAUAAGAUAGGGAAGCCAGAAUUUGGAUUGGUUUUCUUUGAGAAUUGUGUAAAUGUUGGAAAUUUUAAGGCUAAUUUGGUUACUUAUACUGCUGUUGUUUGCUCACUUUGUAUGUUAGGUAGGGUUAAUGAGGUUUGUAAUUUGGUUUGUAAGAUGGAGAAGGAAGGUCUGGGGUUUGAUGUUGUGUUUUAUAGUAGUUGGAUUCAUGGGUACUUUAGGAAUGGAGUUCUAAUGGAAGCGAUUCGUAAGCAUAGGAAAAUGGUGGAAAUGGGAAUUAAUGAUGAUGUAGUUAGCUAUACUAUACUUAUAGAUGGGUUCUCGAAGGUGGGGCUUGUUGAAAAGGCGGUUGGGUUUCUUCAUAAGAUGAUAUCGGAUGGGAUCAGACCUAAUUUGGUGACGUAUAGUGCGCUUGUGUUGGGAUUUUGUAGGAAAGGGAAAAUGGAUGAGGCGUUUGCUGUAUUCAAGAUGGUUGAGGGUUUGGAAUUUGAGUUGGAAGAGUUUAUAUAUGCAAUCUUGGUUGAUGGUUUUUGUUCGAAGGGAGAUUUUGAUCGGGCUUAUCGAUUGAUUGAGGAAAUGGAGAAGAAAAGGAUUAGUCCGAACAUAGUUACAUAUAAUACUUUGAUCAAUAGAUUAUGCAAGUCUGGGAGAACAUCCGAUGCAGAUGAAAUCUCAAAAGUUAUACAAGGAGAUAAUGUCACAUAUAGUGCAUUGUUGCAUGGUUACAUCAAGGAAGGGAACCACAUUGGAAUUUUAGACGUUAAACGAAGAUUGGAACAAGCUACAACUCAUAUGGACAUUGUUAUGUGUAACAUAAUUAUGAAAGCACUUUUUACAGUAGGGGCAAUUGAAGAUGUGCAUGUUCUUUACAGGGGAAUGCAGGAUAUGAAUCUGGUUGCAGAUUCAGUUACUUACUGCACAAUGAUUGAUGGUUAUUGUAAAGUAGGUCGAGUUGAUAAGGCACUUGAGAUAUUCGAUGAGUUUAAACACGGAUUAGGUUCUUCAGUUGCAUGCUACAAUUCUAUGAUUGAUGGAUUGUGCAAGAUGGGUAUGGUGGACAUGGCUGCCGAGGCAUUUGUUGAACUUAAUGCCAAGGGUUUGCCGUUGGAUGUCGGUAUAUGUAUGACAUUGAUGAAAGAAAUCCUUAAGGAAGGAAGUGCGGAGGGAGUUUUGGGUCUAAUCCACAGGAUCUCAAAUUUAAAAUUGGAUGCGUGUGAUACUACUUUAUGGAACUGCGCUAUCAAUUUAUUGUUGCAAAAUAAAUUUUAUGUUGCUGCUGGUGAAGUUUACGUGGUGGCAAGGAUGAAGAAGUUGGUCUUAGCUAGUAAGUCUUCUUACAUGAUCAUAAAAGGGCUCAUUCGCGAUGGAAAAGUUGGAACCAGCCAGCCCAUAUUGUGUAACUUUCUAAAAGAAUUUGGCCUUAUUCAACAUGAGGUAAGUAAGUCAGUACUGCAUUACCUGUGUCUGAAAGAUGUUAAAAGUGCUCUGAAAUUUUUCAAUAGGAUGAAAAAGCAGAGUGCAUUUGUUAGUUUUCCAGUCAGUACUGUUAGAAUACUUACAAAAAAUGGUAGAUUUUUAGAUGCUUAUAAAGUUUUAGUGAAUGCUGAAGAUGAUCUACCGGUUUUGGACAUGAUUGAUUAUUCAAUCAUAAUUGAUGGCCUUUGCAAGGAAGGGCAUCCAAUCAAAGCUCUGGAUGUCUGUGUUUUUGCUGAGAAGAAGGGGAUUACUCUUAAUAUCAUAACUUAUAAUUCAGUUAUGAGUGGAUUGUGCGGGCAGGGAUGUCUUGUGGAAGCGUUUCGGGUAUUUGAUUCAUUAGAAAGGAUCAAACUAAUUCCCUCAGAAAUUACAUAUUCGAUACUGAUUGACAAUUUGUGCAAAGACGGGUAUUUUCUGGAUGCCAAACAAUUAUUGGAGAGGAUGGCCAUGAAAGGUUUUAAAAGGAAUACACGAAUCUAUAACUCAUUUAUCAAUGGAUAUUGCAAAUUUGGUCAACUUGAAGAAGCUUCGAAGAUUCUGAAAGAUAUUGAAAUAGAAUGUCUUGAUCUCGAUGAAUUUACUAUUAGUUCUAUGAUUAAUGGUUAUUGCGUAAAGGGUGACAUACACAGAGCCCAAAAUUUCUUUUUCGAACAAAAAGAGAAAGGUAGUACCCCUGAUUUCUUGGGAUUCUUAUACUUGAUGAGAGGUUUAUGUGCUAAGGGGAUGAUGGAAGAGGCGAGGAGUAUUUUAAGAGAAAUGCUUCAAUCAGCAUCGGUGAUAGAGUUAUUGAAAAGAGUCAACGCUGAGGUUGAAACAGAAUGUGUGGAAAGUUUUCUUAUCUUCUUAUGUGAGCAAGGAAGUAUCAAAGAAGCAGUUACUGUACUUAAUGAAAUUGCGUCUAUGUUUUUUCCAGGUCAAAAGUGGUGUGGUCCUUGUGAAUCACAAGAACUUCAAAAACUUUCUGAAACGGAAUUUUCAAAUACUCUAUCCUUACCUGAGAGCACAAAUUUUGGUAUUGAAUCUGAUGAUGUGAUUAAUGUUGACAAAACAGUUGAGAGAUAUGGUAAUUUACUGGGAACUAAACAUAAUUUCUUUGACUUUUAUUAUUCCGAAAUUGAUUCACUCUGUUCGAGUGGGGAGUUAGAAAGGGCCAAUAGAUUUGCAAAGGAGAUGCUUACUAGCUGGGAAGGAAAUUGUUAGCAAAAUGAACUGAUGUUGGCUUGUACUCAAUUUGGCGGUUCAUAAUCCGUAAGACUUCUAUGCUGGAUAAGGAAUCAAGGUUUCGCCAUUUGCAGGUUAAUUCAACUCAUAUUGACAAUUUGGCACCUCUUUGUGAAUUGGUGCUUUAAUCUGUUAUCAAGUCUUUGUGCACUAGUGUGUACAUAGAUCACAAAUGGAGUUGAUAAGAUACAAAGCCGUAGAUAUUCAUAAGAGCAAAUAAUUGCAAUGUUCCCAAUCUUUGGACAUAGUUGUUAUUUUGGUUUGCAAUGAGCCAAUGAUGGAAGGAUGGACUAAUUCACAUUUAUCGGGUUGUGCCUGCAUCAAAGAUUCGAUACCAGGUGCAGCAAGACGCACAAAUUUCUCACAAUGAAAUUCGCAUCCAAGACCGGUAGGCAGGACACCGAAGACUCAGUUUAUGAAUUUGAAAAUGAGCUGAACGUCGUUUUACUUGUAUGUACUAUGUAUGACGCUCAAAGUAUGACUUGGAGGAACAUGCUCUUGAGAAUACUGAAAGGAAUAAAUUUCCUUGGAAUAUAGGUGGAUGUUGAAGUUUCAGACUUUGUCUGUGGCUUGAAAAGGCAGCACCGUAACUGAAUUGCAGGUAAAUUGUUCACUUUAAAUGAUGGUAACUGAGGAUUCAACAUAUAGCACGUAAGAUAACUUGUGGUAUGUUGUAUAAGGUGGUCCUUCAAGAUAGCGGUGUGUAUUCAAUUCGAACCAAACUAAACCAAUAUUUUGAUUUUUCUCAAAUACUGAAUCAACGUUUAAAAAUUGUGAACAGCUAAUUGCAUUAGUCGGUUAGGUUGGGUUUUUCAGCUCAGUUUGAUUUUUCUGGUUCGGUUUGUGAACUAAUGUUUUUUCACUUUAAAAAAUGGACCAAAUCUGAAACUGAACGUUUUUUCUUUUUAUCAAUUUGUUGGUUCGGUUUGGUUCUUACACACACUGGUACUUUAGGAUGCUGUCGUAUGCAAAAACGAGGUUGAUGAAGACCAUAGUGGCCUAUAAGAAGAAGGCAACUGCAAAAUCAGCUUCAGCAAUGCGACCGGGCAAAGAAAAUGCAUGAUAUCAACCUUCGAAGAGGAUGCCAUUGGAAGUCUAAUGUACAAGUAGGAGGCUUUUGUAAAGUAUUUAAUGGGGAAACAAGAAAAUUGAGCAAGAAAAAAUAAUUCAUUUAGUUCAUAAUUGUACUAGUACUUUUUUAUUUCAUUUAAUUCAGAAAAAAAUUUUCAUUUUUAAA